GACAUCUGUCAGCAUGAAGAGAAGCCAAGAGACCGCACAUUAUCGACAACUGCAAUUCUGGCAUCAUGUUCAAGAUGAUCUGCUGUCCAUCUCGUUAUACGAAUAGGCUUCUUCUCAGAUCGUCUUUCUCAAAUCCUCAUUCCUUGAGCUCUUUCCAAGACAUCCAUCUCGGAGACCUUCCCGCCAAUUUCUUGAGAUCUUCUUUGACAGGACCAUCCGAUUAAGCUACGAAGUAGAUCAACUCAGAUCUCGCAUUUCUCCUCAUACCCUGCCUUCUGCCUUGAUAUCAUGCGUCUUCCGAAUUAUGCUAAAUCAAUUGUCACCAGUCGGACAUUUCCUACACCACGUCGUCUCCUACACCAACCACGGUAUAGAAGAGCCGGUAUAUACGGAAUGUUUUUAUUAAGUUAUCUGCAUGUUCAUGUCCCUUCUCCCGGAGUUUACGAAAGACGUCUACCAUUGGUAUCUAUUUCCCGGUAACGCGCUGAUUAUCACCACCACCCGAUGUAACCACUAGAUAACACUGCAAGUACCCCAAGGUACUUGCCCAUUCAACUGGUCCCUUUCGUCUGGUUCUGAUAAUACUGACUAAGCGUGUACUUAGUUUCGCCAUCAUACGUUGUCAGUCGAAGUUCUGCUUCGUUGCCCUCACGCUCAAUAGUCUCACGGAUCUGGUCACUUCUCGCCGUGAUCUUGCACUCGAAAGGCUCGGGUCGCAUGUUGAGACCAUUCCUGCAACAAGUUAGCACUCAAAGGCCACAACGACGACGAAAACACCAACGUGUAGUUGAAUAUGUCCACUGGAAUCUCUUGUCCAGUAACAUCGCGAGCCUUUUCAAUGCGGAACCCCCAUAACAAACGGGCAAUGGUGAUGAAGGUUCCCUGCUCUGCCAGACCUUGACCACUGCAUACUCUCCUUCCCCAUCCAAACGCCAUAUAUCCUUUGUCAUUUGGGAAUGGCCUUGAAUCGGGACUGUCUUUGAGGUAUCUGCUAGGGUUAAAUCGAUCAGGAUCGGGAAAGUCUCGUUCAUGACGAUGAAUCGCCCACAAAUUCCCUUGUAUCCAUGUCCCCUUUGGUAUCUUCCAACCCUGAUAAAUUAUGAGCGUUGCUUUCAAGAGUUCUCUCUAUGCAUAUAUCACCUUGUAGUUGUCAUCUUGAAUGGGUGCAUGAGGUUGACCCCCAAUUAUGGCUACGCUCCUCCACCUGAAUACCUCCUUGACGAAAGCCUUGACGUAUGGCAAAUUAGGCUCGUCGUCCAUAGAAGGACUUCUGUCUAGACCGAUGACCCGGUCAAGCUCUUCCCAUGCAGCUGGAAGUGUUUCUGGAAACGCGGUGCAUGCAAGAAAGAAGGUGACAAGUGUGGAACUCGAAGUAUCGCUUCCAGCUCCAAACAGAGACCCAUUAAGUGACGCGAUCUCCAUCAUACUCAAAUCAUAUUUUGGGGCUUCCUCAAAUACCUUUUUGGCAUAACAAUCGGUUUGCUGUGGAUUGGAAGCCGCUUCUUCGGCUAGUGCAUAAUAGAACGGGCGACCAACUCCAUGCUUUCCUCCAAGUCCAUGUUUAUAUUUCCAAGGAGCGAAUUUUGUUGGGACUUUAGCAAGGACUGUCAUCUAGUCAGUCCCGUCUUGUUCUUCUCACCAUCCAAUACUUACAAGGAACUGUCUCCAUCAACAUGGGGAAAGUCUUCCCCGGCACAUUCAACUCUGCCGCCCUUUGCAUGAGCGCCAACACUUCACUUAUCACAGGAUCCUUCGUGCUCGAAAUCCUCCUCCCAAACGCAAUAAUCGAAACAACACUAGAAGCAUACCGCUCCAGAUGCACAACAUAGUCCUCCGGUGUCCUCAAAAGAUUCCAUGCCACAAGUUUACUCUCAUCAUUUUGAAAACCCAAGUAAUUCCUCACUUGCUGCAAGCCAACGCCCAUAUGGGUUAGUUUCCUAUGAACUCGCCAUCGAGCACCAUAAUACAUGGAAACUAGACUUGAUUGCCCACUCCCUAGUUCGCCAAAUACUACCAUUCGUGGUCUGGAUGCGUAGAUUCCUGCUCUCUUAUCGAAGAGGUCGGAGGCAGUCCAAGCGUCACAUAUCCACAUCGUUGGGUUCCUACCGAUCCAGAAAGUCAAGAGGGGUGUAUCGUACUGUUUUGCAAGACUUUCAAAGUAGAUCCAUGGUUUCUUUUCUGGGAGUUGGAAAGUAUUUCCGACGAUUGGCCAAGGAAAAGGUCCCGGUGGCUGGAAAGUGUUAGUCUGGCCAGUGUUCUGGUAUUUGUGUACUAUAGGAUGUGUAGGAUCUUACCAUCCGGAAAUGAAGAUAUACCAUAUAUCCAUAAUCAAGAACCAGAAAAGCUAAUCCGAUAUACAAUACCCACAAGAGAAUAGAGGUAGGACUCGUGUGAGUCCAUGCCGAGUAGAGGAAUGAACCUGUGGCUGCCAUAUUCUCAUGGGUAAGAAGCUUUGUAGCUUAGCUUAAGCACUUGGCUUUUACACUUCCACUCGAAGGUUUUCAAGGAAUCCGUCCCUUCAUUCCCGGUUGAGGGUUUCCGGCCUGGAACAUGGAACCCUGAGCUGGACACGGGAGUUGGAGCUGGAGCUGGUCCCCUUCCUCAGUGGGUCGCUCACCUCACUCAACCCUUCGGACAUGGUGACAUGCGGGGUCGUUGUGGGUGGUGUGGGACGCGGGGAACCCUGGCUGUUUAUGAUUUGUGUGAGGGUACUGCCCCACUGUGUUGUUUAGUAAUUCACUUCCGGGUAUACCGUUCGUUCGGAUCUCGAUGACGCGGAGACGUUUGGGUGGUUUAUCAUUAGGUGAGGUUGUUUGGAGGAGGUGCCAUACGGGGCAUACGGGUAUGAUAUAGAUGUAGUGGAGAGGUAUGAGUAGAGGGUACUACCGUGUUUCUACCGGGCUCCAUCCAGGUAUUUCCCGGAGAAGUUCCUUAUCGAUUGCCGGUCGAGUACGAUCAGGAUUUCUGCUUUGUCAUAUUAGAGGGGAGGCGUCAUUUUGGUAAUGAGGUGUGGGAUCCGUCUAGUGGGGAUACAUGGCUCGAUGCUGGAUGGGACAUUGGCAUGGGGUUCUUGGGCUUCUUUUGUCUCUGAUUUGAGGAGAGGGAUCUGGAUGUCUAUUUAAACUGUUUUUUUGAGACGUGGUGAAGUUUCUCUUGUUGGAAGUCAAGCUAUCUUGUCGGUAAAUAUUGUGACAAGGAAAUAUGAAUGUACGUCUCCCCCUCUCUUCGCUUCCCCUCACAACACCUUGUUGUAUAUAUCUAAUCCCUCUUCUUUUUCUUAAAUAAAGGUCCUUAUAAUAGGUGCCGGCCCCUCGGGUCUCAUCCUCGCCCUCCUCCUCGCAAAGUCGAAUAUCAAAGUCACCCUCCUCGACGCCGCCACCACCAUCGACGACCGUCCCCGCGCAGCGCACUACUCCCCCUCGGCGAUCCGCACGCUGCGAAAAGCAGGUGUUCUCGACGAUGUGCGAGCCGAAGGCAUCAUACCUGGGGACUUCAACUGGCGAAGACAGGAUCUGAGUCUCGUCACUGGGUUAAAGGAUACGCCUGAGUCCAGAGGCGAGGAUGGACUGACUUGUCUCCCGCUUAACUUGUUGGGGAAGGUGUUGCUGAGACACGUGGUGAGGACGGAGGGUAUUGAGCUUCGUUGGAAGCAUAAGGUUAGGGAUGUUGGACAGGAUGGGAAGGGGACAUGGGCGGUUGCUGAGGUGGAGGGGGGCGAGGUGAGGAUUGAGGGUGAUUAUUUGGUGGGGUGUGAUGGGGCAAAUAGUAGGGUGAGGACGUGUUUGUUUGGGGAGUCGUUUCCUGGUCAUACUUGGGAUGCUCAGAUUGUUGCUACGGAUGUAUAUCCUCCUUUUCUUUCCCAUCCUUCCUUGCAUCCCCUAGCCCGAGUUCGCUAAUCCAAGAAAACACACACAGGUCUACUACGACCUCCACAAACACGGCAUGUCAGACAUCAACAACAUCAUCCACCCCCAAGACUACUACAUGGCCGCGAUCCUCACACGCGCCGGUCUCUGGCGCGUCUCCUACGGCGAAGACCCCUCCUUCACCCACGAACAAGUCCUCGCCAACCAGCCCGCCAAGUACGAACGCAUGCUCCCCGGUAACCCGAAGCCGGGCGACUAUCAACUCAUGAACGUCGCGCCGUACCGGAUCCACCAGCGCUGCGCGGAGAAGAUGCGCGUCGGCAAGAUCUUGCUCGCGGCUGAUGCGGCGCAUCUGGUGAACCCCUUUGGGGGACUGGGCCUCACGGGGGGGAUUGUGGAUGUGGAUGGGUUGGCGCAGUGUUUGGAGGGUAUUGAGGGGGGUUGUUGUGGGGAGGAGAUCUUGGAGAGGUAUUGUGAGGUUAGGAGGGNUGGAUGGGUUGGCGCAGUGUUUGGAGGGUAUUGAGGGGGGUUGUUGUGGGGAGGAGAUCUUGGAGAGGUAUUGUGAGGUUAGGAGGGGGAUGUGGAGGGAUUUUGUGGAUCCGAUUAGUAGUGAUAAUUUUUUGUGAGUUUGAUUUUUCCCUUUUUUUUGGUGAGGCGGUGGAGGUACUUAUGGGGGAAAGGGGAGUGGUGGGUGUCGAGGGGAGUGGUGGGUGUCGAGGGGAGUUAAGCAGGGAUAGGGUAUGCAAGCGAGGGGUGAUAUGGAAGCGAGAGACAAAAAAGGUGGUCGAAGCGAGGAAGUACGGUUGCUAAUUCUCAUCUUACAAAGGAGGGUCUCAAAGAGAGAUCCAGUUGAUCCUUUCAAAGACGAUCCGUUCCUGAGGUAUGUUAGGGAGAUGGAGUUAGAUACGACGGGGGAGAUGAGGAAGGAAUUUAAUAAGGUAUGUUUUCUCUCUCUUUCUCUAUCUUCCAUUCUCACCCCUAUUUCAUCCUGGUGGUAGAGUAGACAGUAGGAUACGGAUCUGGUGUCAUAUAUCACUAAAAAUUUUGAACGUGUCGAUACUAACCUCCUGUGUUUUUGAUAGACGGCAUAUGAUAUUUGUCAUGAUUUCACGCAGUAUUAUACGAAGAGUAAGGAUGGGAAGGUGUUGGAGAAGGAAAGGGAUGAUGGUGUGGAUGGGAAGGUUGAGGUGUAGGUAGGUAGGUAGCGCUCAAAGGAUGUUGUGAAUUUAUGGAAUGAAAGUUUU